CGCAGACGCGUUAGUAGUCGGCGGGCGACGCGAUGACGCAGUGGGCGCUCUAAGAUCUUUGCUCGGCGCGUUUGAAGCAUCUUUGGUUUGAAGAGCGGAAGGAAAAGCGCGCGCGGCCGGCGAGUAACGGCCCCGGGAUGAGCGAGGAGGCGGCGGCGGCGCUGCUGCCGCGGCUGAAAUUGCCGAAACAGCCCUACAGAAGUAGAUUCUACAGAGACCAUGCAUUUGGGAGACUGACAGGAAAACCGAUGAAUGUAAUCUUACAGAAAAAUGCAAAUGCAUCAACAAUUGUAAACCACUUCUUGGCUGGAUUAGACAAUGUUAAUAAUACUGAUUCUACAUCCCACUUUGAUGUUCCGUUUUCAAAAGGGGAAGAUCCAUUGAAUGAAGUUCCAAAAGAUCUCCAGUGUAAAAAGAAAGAGUCUGCUGCAGGAGCACAAUUGCAACUAUUGGAAAAUGCUCAAUCUCAUAUAUCAUCAAAAUCUUGCACAGACAAGAAAGGGGAAAAUAGUGGCUCUUGCAGUUCAAAAAAGCAGACCAAACAAUGGCCAGAACCAGCAGCUGUUGCUUCUGACAAAACUAGAGGUGGCGAAGGUGUUUGCAUUGCUGAGGCUGUUGAAGAUGGAAGAGAUUUUGAUGAACCAGAAGAACCGCUCCUCAUUGAUGUAGAGGCACUAGUAUUGGAAGUUGACGUAUCUCAUGGAGAAGAAUUUGGGAUCACUUACAAUGCAGAUGCAUCAGUUGUUAACUCAACUCCAGAUCCUUCAAAGCCUUUGGGAAGUCCGAAACCAAAAAUGAGGCUAUGUUUUGAUAACACCGUUAUAACACCGAUAACUGUGAAUCGUCCAAAUGUUAGAACUGAGCAGAAGAAUAUUGUCUCACGUAUUUUAGGAACUGAAGAACCCAAGACUACUUCAACCUGUUUUGGAAAGAAGCCAACUGUUUCUGGAAUGACACGGCCACUACAAGUUGAGCCGAGUGUUUUUGCACCGAAGUGCAAUGUGUCUGAGUUUGAACUGACAGAAGAAGAGAGCUUCUGUUUUGAAUCGUGGACCAUACCGAGGAAAGCAUUGGCACCGAAACCAGUUGAGCAAGAAAUGAAAUCUGCUGUAGACAUCAAGAACGUAAAAAAGAAAGAAAAACAGCAGAGAGCUGGUGGAAAACAAAUUGCUAUCACAGAUGAAAAAGAAAAAUUAUUAAUUGAGCAAUUGUCCUGUCCUAAACAAGUGGAGGACAUGGGAUUUUGCAAACAAAACAAACAACUCAAUCCAGAAGAAUCUGGCAAAAGCUCUGUUAUAUGUCCCAUGAAGAACAAUGUUGAGGAAGAGUUACAAAAUGAACCUUCAUCUGCCUCUAAACAGUCUUUGACUUCCACGCAAAAAAGAAAAUUUGAAUACAGGAAACCAGGAAAGUCAGGAGAAAAAUGUGUCACGAUUCAGGGCAACAGAGGUGAUUGCAAACCAUUCCAGGAUGAAUUACCGUCAUGCAUUCUAAGAAAUCUUGACAAAAUAAAUUAUUCUGAGCAGUUUGUGGUCAAAUGUAAGAACUUUACAGAUACUCCAAACAAGCAAUCUGUGGGUAAAGUACCAAUAUCAUCAGAUCAGAACACGAAAUAUAUGAAUCUGGUAACUACUCCAUUGGGAAAUAGUGAUGAAAAUGAAAUAUUAGCUGGGCUGGAAACGCAUCAGCCGAGAACCAGCUUAUUGAGUGGGAGGAAUAAGGAAACCACCAUUGUGAAUGGACCUCUAGCUCUUUCAGAAGUUCCACAGAAAACUAAAUCAAAAAGGUUGAAUACAAAUGAAACACCUGCGAUCGUCAGCAUGUCUGCAGAUAAUCAACAAAAGGAAUAUUCUCAUGAGAAUGUUGUCCCAUCUACAUCUGGACUUGAAAAACACCAGAAAGAAGCAUCUCAAGCAUCAUUUCCAAGUUUUGGAAUAAAGCCAGCUUUAUCUACAUUAUCCCACACAAAACGAGUUAUCCCUAUUACUUCAGCACCUAAUGUUGAGCCUGAAUUUGAAUUGGAAGAAGAGGAGAACUUCUGUUUUAAAUCAUGGAUUACAAUACCAAAGAAAACCUUUGUACAAAAACAGGUCCCAGCUGAACAGGAAGAGCAAUCUGAUGAUAAUACAAAGACAAUGCUAAAGAAAGGGAGAACGCAGAAGACAGCAAAUGCAAGAAAACUCACCAUUCAAUCAAAAGAUCUACACAAAAAACUGCAAGCUCAGAACAAAAAAAACAAAGCUAAAUAUGAAAAACAAUCUCAUAAAAGGUCUGCAAGUCCUUUGAAUCAUGAUACUGAGAAGGACAAAGAGGAAGCGCAGAGUGAAUGUGCAUCCCACUCAACAUUUUGUUUACCUCCCAGACAAAAGAAAAAGUCUGCACGACCAAGAAAAAAAUCUAUAAUUGAAGAUGAUGAGAAUGAAAAGUUACGCGAACAAGAGUUAUUACCCCAAGAAUGUCAUUUCCAGGUUAAGCCGAAUGAAAACAGUCCUGGAAAGGCUGAUUGGUUUGAUCAGGGUGUGAUCACUUCUAAGAAGGUUUUAGAAUCUGAACGCUUAAUGAAAGAACAAGAAGAAAUAAAGUCAAAUUUUCAUGAUCAGGAAAAUAAAACUAGAAAGGAACAGCCCAGAAGAUCUGAGCACAAUCGAAUUAUUCCUAAGAAUCUCCCAGAAUAUGGAAGUUCAAUAAAUGAUUGUAAUGAAAUGGAAGCAAAGUUACCUUUGGUUGCAAGAUCAGGAUCUCAAAACCAGAGAGGAAAGAAGCAGCAAAAACAGAGGGCAAUAGUAAGAAAAGAAAUGUCAAAAAGUGGACUUCAGCCUCAACCAAACCAAAAAAGCGAUUGUUUUCAGAGGCUGAAGAAAUGGCAAAAUCCUUUGACAAACACAGGGGCAAAAAGCAAAAGCAAAAGAUUCACCACAUUAGUGAGCGUGGUAAGAAUGAAAUGGAACAAGAGCAGGACUCUGAUCAGCUUACAAGCCUUUCUCGUGUUUCUUCAACUUCAACAGAAAUCGAGCAAAGAAAAUCCAAAGAAAAUUCACAAAGAACCUUGCAAGAAUCUUCAGCAUCCUUCAGUGCUACUUAUGUUAUCAAGAGUCCACCAAAAGCUGUUCAUGAGCAUUCAGAAAUUACCAAAGUUUCUUCAGGGACUCCAAAUCGGGUUGUAAUGAGUCCCAGAAACUCCAUCACGAGACUUGCCGAUCAACCUUGUACACAACCACAGGUUCCCUCAACCACCCCAUAUCAUGUUACAAUGGGCACCAGAAAGAACCAAGAUAAGACUGUUCCUUCUCAACCUUGUGAACAGACACGCGGC